AUGCUCUCGACGGCCCGUACGACCACGGGACGGACCAGUCGGACAGCUGUCUCUCGGCGCAAGAGUGUCCCCGCCAUAUUCGUGGGACAGCAGGCCUUGGAUCAACUAGCCCCACUCCCUCCCAAGACAGUCCGAGUCUAUAUCGCUUCAAACAUAACUGAAUUCCAGGACGAGAGAGAUGCGGCCGUUGAACAUGUCUACCCGGCUUUGAGGGAAUACUGCAGAGAGAAACAUGGCAUCGAGUUUCAGGCGGUUGAUCUGCGCGUGUCUGUCUCCUCCCAGGCUCAACAAGAAGAGUUACCCCUCCAUCUCUCCUUAAAGGAAAUCAAGAAAUGUCAAAAACUGUCAAUCGGCCCAAGUUUCGUGGGCUUCGUUGGUCAGAAGUAUGGUAGCAGGUCCUUACCAGAGAAGAUAUCCCAUGGUGACUACGAGAGUCUUGAGCUGAUGCUGACUGAGGCUGACAGGGAUCUAGACUUGCUGCAGAGGUGGUACAAAAAAGAUGAAAAUCACGUUCCCAGCGUAUACGUUCUCCAUCCUCCCAACGAGAGCAACAACAUCGCCAAGGACGAAGCUCAGCAGAAGCUGAGGGCCCUGCUAGCGGAGGGAAUCAUGGCCUGCGUGGAAAAGGGGCUUAUGCGCAACGACACUACUGACAAGUACCUACUAUCAGGUCCGUAUCAGUUUCACCAUCUGUUCGUUACAGUUAUCGAAGAGGAGAUCAACCUUGGCCUUUCGAUAGAGAAGCCGGAUGACCACUGUCUUGUCUUCAUCAGGAACAUAGAAGAUUUGGGGUUUAAUCUUCGACACCACAAGGCGAGCAGGUUUAUCGACCUGUUACCAGUGUCUGAUGAAGGAACUAUGCCAAGGGUCGACGAGGAAUCCUUGAGACGAUUAAAGGCAAUGAACAACGGCAAGAUACAAGAGCGGCUCUCUAAUGACAACAUCAUACAAAUGUUCGCCCGCUGGAGUAACGACGAUGGCAUAAACUGCCGUGACCACUCUCAGUACCUGAAUAAAUUCUGUGACAUCUUUCAGAGCCUUAUGAAGAACUUGAUUGACAGAGCUGUGGUCAAGAUGAGAAGAAUUACCAACCCACUGUCAGAUACCAUCCUAGACCACCUAACCUAUUGCAAGGACAUGUGCAAAGUGUUCCAUGGUCGAAUGGACUUGCUACAGAAGAUACAGGAAUACAUCAACAAUGACAACCGUCUGCCGCUGGUUAUUCAUGGUGCAUGUGGCAACGGGAAGACAUCACUGGUUGCCAAGGCAUUCAGCAUGACGCCAUCUUGGUGUAAAACUGUCCCAGAUGUCAUUGUCAGGUUCGCAUCACAUUUCAGUGGCUGUGUCAAGGAAAUCUUACAUAGUAUUCUUGAACAGUUGGCUUUCUUAAGUUGUGCUGAGGACACCGUUGCGCCAGAAAACCACUCAGAAUUGUGCCAAAUGUUCGUCAGGGAACUGUCAGUUGAUGCCAAGAGGCCGCUUAUUGUUUACAUUGACGGAUUGGACACACUGACUGGGUCGUCUGCACGCCGUCUUGAAUGGCUUCCGCCCAAACUUGGGAAAAAUGUCAAACUUGUUCUCUCCACGAGUCCCGAGAACAACGCGGUUUUGAAUGCGCUCAUGCAUCGCCUUGGCGUUGAUAAGAACUACAUUGAAGUGCCAAAAUUUACCAGCAAGGAAGCAAUGGAUGCAAUGAGGUUUUAUCUGAUUAAACAUGGUCGAACGGUCACCAAUCAUCAGGAGUUUGUGCUUGCAGAUGCUCUGAAAGAUGGCACAUCACCGUUAUUCAUGAAGAUGGUAUAUAACAUAGUCUCAACGUGGCAUUCCUUCACUAAAGUGGACUCAAACCGCCUGCCGACUAGUCUCAAAAUGGCCAUUGACAGAAUAUUUGAGAACCUGGAGGAGAAGUACGAAACUAAAGUGAUUGAACAUGUGAUCGGAACUAUUGCGACAUCUAACGGUGGUCUAGGUGAAACAGAGCUUGAGGAUGUGCUGUCAUUAGAUGAUGAUCUGUUGAACAUGACACACCAGCAUCGCCUCCCUGUUGUGAGGAGGAUCCAACAGAGUGUCCUUGCAUCAAUUUACGACGAUGCAGCAUUGCUAUUCAUGACGAAACACGUGGAUAGCACGCACAUCGUUUGCUGGAGUCACGCAGCAUAUGGGCAAAUCGCGCGAGAACGAUAUCUAAAGCACGAGACUUUGAAUACCUAUUUGAAUUGGAAUGUUGCGGAGUAUUUCAUCGGCACCUGGGGUGGAAAGGAAAAGCCCUUCGAACAUGAUGAAGCAAUGGUUAGGAAGUUUCGCUUCACAAGCUCCAAGGCGAAGUCGGACAGAAAAGUUCCAAAUCAACCUCUGUCCAUUCAGAAUAAGGAUGGAAGCGUCCGGUACAACAUUCGGAAGAUGAGGUGUCUGCCACACCACCUGGCCUCAAGUGGCAAAAUGGAUGAUCUUGACCGACAUGUCCUUUUCAAUUACGAAUUCCUGAAAAGCAAACUGACGUCGAUGUCAAUACAACAUGUACUUGAUGCCCUGAUGUUGCGCGAUUCAACGGAGACUCGUCUGCUCGCAGAGACUAUCAAGAUGGCAAAGGAAGCAAUCAAAGAGAAUAUAGAAAGAUUAGCCGUGGAGAUAUCAGGUCGUCUGCUUCCACUGUUUAGCACCAAUAAGAGUGUCCACUUCUUGAUUCGACAAUGUGACUCCGAGGGUGCGAAAGAGAAUGCUUUCAUUCCGGUGUUACAAUGUUUCCAGUCGCCAGGGGGACCAAUGCAGUACGCAGUCGACCCAGGGUUCGACCCAAAGGCGAACAUCAGCUUUUCCUUAGCUAGAGCGUCAUCAGAGGAGGAAUUGGUCAUUGCAAAACAGACAACGGACACUUGCUUGAAGAUAUGGAAUGUCCACACAGGGGAGGCAAAGGCAGACAUCACCAUGACGGAUGCACCUCUUUAUAGCUUGCGCUACAUGAACAGAUUAAUCCACGUCCUUGGUUGCGAUGACGUGAUCAGUAUCUAUAACGUCGUGGGGGGCAAACACAUUGCAGAUAUCAACAUGGCAGAACACGGCAAGGUCAAGCACAUGGUUGUCUCCAAGGACCAUCUUGCUAUCACAAUUGACAAGGACGGCUUUGAAGGGCCCUUGGUUGUUGAUAUAGAAACUGGCCUCGUCGUUCAGAGAUACAAAUAUCCCGUGAACGUCUGCGCAUUUUCAGCAGACGGCAAGAAUUUGUUGUGUGAUUCAAAGGACAAGGUUAUCCUUCAUGAUAUGAUCAGCUUCGAUGUCAAAAGAACCCUGUCUCUACCCGCAGGAGGACGUGCAAAGCAGUUGAUCUUCCGCAAAAAGGAACUCCAGGCUUUUGUGUCGUUGGAAGGUGACGACAGCCUCUCUGUCUACCAUCUCGACUUCGUUGACAAGAAAGCGGACGGUACGCUUGUCUGUACCACAAAAGCGAAUGUCAGCGACCUGAAGCUCGCGCCAAAAGAGGAAACCAAGUUGCUGUUCUUCAGCGGGCACGUCCUCUACGUGUUGGACAGAGACAUCAAGGAGCAGCCCAAGGAGUUCUCCGAGUUGCCGGACAACUUAAACAUCAACCCAAAGUCCACCUACAAAGAUGCAGACUUUUCCUUUGAUGACGAACUCUUGGUUGCACUACGGGAUAGCUGCAUUGUUGCUUGGAUCAUUGAAACAGGUGUAUUGAUCUGGACAAUGAAGAUGUCUAUCUCCCUCUGCAAGGAGAUCAUAGUGUCCCGGACCCACAAUCGCGUCAUCUCCCUCUCUGGCACCAACAAGAUCCAGGCGUGGAACCUGGACAGAGUCCAUGAAGACAUCGACAGACGCAUUCGGAUGCUGAGUGUAGCUGUCCAGGAUGUACUCAUCGGUGACCUGAACAAAGUGGUUAUUGCCCUGGGACAAGAUGGAGAGGAGAAGCGACACAAGGCGGUCAUGAACAUGAACACAGGCCUCCCGACCAGCAGGUUCAUGUGUGAUGACCUCAUUCUCAAACUCUCCCAAGACGGCCGCGUCCUUACUACGCUCACCAAAUACGAGGAGUUCCGCAUUUGGGACGUGAUCCAGGAACAAGUCAUUCUGUGUGUGACAUUUUGCGGGAAGGUCCAUCGGAUCGUCUUCUCAGACGAUUGCUCGCGGUUGGUGGUGAUCGUGGUGGAUCACCUUCAAGUUCCAGAGAACGUCGCCCAUAUCUACAGCCUGAUGCCGCAGUUUGGUGAGAUAGGACUCGAGCGGCUCGGACAAAAGGAGAUCGUUGGAAACCCGUUUCUGACGCGGCACUCUUCUCUGGUGUUCCUGAAGCUGGUUCAAGGAAAGGUCGUCCUGUGUUUACAUACCCUCUUGAAGGAACGAGAGAUUGUUUACAAGAAAUCUUUGGCAGACUUCAGCAUGCACACCAACACACCCAAAAAGAAGGCAGACGAUAGAUUCGUUGACGUCAGACCCAUGGGCAAGAAUUCUGUUUUCGCCUUGAUCAUCACGGCGAAACUGGAAAACGGUUCACCAAGGUUUGUGGAUGGUAUCAUCGAGGGUUGUCUGAACGAGCAGAUGAGCGCGUAUAUCUGGAACACUGCCAAAGACAUCAUCGUCCACCAUAUUGAAAAUUUCAUGGAACCCUCCUCCGAUCUGAAGAGCAUCAGUAUUGCCCCUAGCGGUGAAUUUGCUAUUGACAACAACCUUAAAGUCUUCUUCAUCGAGAAUGGCUUGAGCCCACUCAAAAUCAGCUGUUCCUCCUUCACAGGAAUGGCAGUCAUUGCAAAAAGCAAAUUCAUUGUCUUCAUUUGCAAAGAAGGCCGAAGUUUGAGAGCAGUGAGGAUAAAAGAUGGCAACACCGUCGCGAAUUUAGAUCUUCACGCGACGGCAACUUGUUUGGACAUAUCAAAUGAUGACGCAACGGUUGUGAUAGGCUGUCACGAUGGGCGUCUCCAGAUAUUCAAACUAAUUGACAUCGAGGAAGAGACCUGGAAGUUGAACAUUAAAGACAUUCCAAGCCGCCAGAUGGACUUUGAUAGGAAGCAGCGGAACCUCAUUCGGAGCUCUCGAUCUGGGCGCAAUCAUCACAGCAUGAAGGCUGCCACCCAAAUUGUGAUGCUGACAAAUCAGGCUCAGUCUAAAGCAUGUAGGAUCAUGUAA